AAAACCUUCUCAUCUUCUUGGAUUGUGCAGCAUACACCGCAGUUCUUUGUGUGAUUCAUCAUGGCUGAUCCUGCUGCUAUCGCGAGUGUCCUUGCUGCUUUGACCGCUCAAGCUGGUCAGCAAUCUCAAACUGGUGCACCCUCUAAUGCGAAUCCUUCCGCUUUGCCUGCUCCUUCUGCCUCUGGUUCUCUUGGUGCAUUGCCUGUCGCUUCAUCCUCUGGUUCCAUUGACCUUGGCUCCAUCAAACCGACAUCAUCUGGCGCUGUGUCUUUGGCCGACGCGAUCGCCAAAGCGAAAGCCUUUGCCGCUGAUAAGGUUCCUCCUCGCUCUGAUAGCCGUGAUCGUGAUUAUGACCGUUACUCCUCUCGUGAUGAUUAUGACCGCCGUGCCCCUCCUCCACGUUACGACGAUGAUCGCUACCGUAGAGAUGACAGGCGCGACCCUCGCGAUCACCGUGACCGUGAUUACCGUGAUCCUCGUGACUAUCGUGAUCGUGAGCCUCGUGACUUCCGUGAUCCCUACGGCCGCGACAGGGAUGAUUUUGAUCACAAACCAUAUGGAGGCGGACGGUCGCGCUCUAUCAGCCCGCCCAGGCGUGGGUCUCCUCCCCGCGGUGAUGUGAUUACUGACACUAUGGCCGUUGAACACCAAUACGUUGGUCUCAUCAUUGGAAAGGGAGGCGAAAGCCUUCGCAGGAUUGAAUCUGAUACGGGAGCGAAAGUUCAGUUUUCUAAUGACACUACCGUUGAUCCGGGCAGACGUACUGCCACCAUUACUGGAAGCCGUGGCCAGUGUGCUGCUGCUAAGGCUGCUAUGCAGGCAAUCAUCGCCGAUAACGUUGCUGCCAAGGGAGGUCUUGGCGGACGCGGUGGAUCAGGCAAUGGUCCUGUUGUAUCUGCUCAGAACGCCAGGCCCAGCAAUAGCCAUGACGACAGCCAGCAACCUCAGAGUAUCAUGCGCGUCCCUGACAAGUGUGUGGGUCUCAUCAUCGGCCGCGGUGGUGAAUCUAUCCGCAACAUCCAAGAGCGUUCUGGCAUUCGUAUCAGUAUUGCCCAGGAAGGUAGUGAAGGUCUGCGUCCAGUUACUCUCAUUGGUGACGAACAAGGUCAGGAAAUUGCGCGUAAGCUCAUUAACGAAAUCGUCGAUGCCGACACCAGCAAAGCGACUGUUGGCGCUCCCGCUGCGCGAUCCACUCCCUCUGGUUCCGUGAAGAUCAGUCUGCAAGUGCCCUCAGAUGCUGUAGGUAUGAUUAUCGGUCGUGGCGGUGAAACUGUCAAAGAAUUGCAGGCUGUUACCGGCUGCAAGGUCAACAUCUCUGGCCAAGCCCGUGACCCCGAACGUGAAGUCACCUUGUUUGGUUCGCAAGAAGCCGUUGAUCGUGCCAAAGCAGCCAUUGAUGAGAAAAUCGAAGCUGCCCGUACGAAGCGGGAAUCUGGUGGUUACGAUCGUCCCCGCAACGACUACGGCCGUGACAACUACCAAUCUAGUAGUGGAGGAUACGGGGGUCACGGCAAUUAUGGGCAGCCUACCGGCGGAUAUUCACCAGUAACCCAACAGCCCGCCUCUGCUGCUCAGGCACCUGGCGGUGCGGACCCAUAUGCCGCAUACGGUGGUUAUGAGAACUACGUCCAACUUUGGGCGCAGUACCAACAGUCGCUUCAGACACAGCAACAACAGAAUGGCGGUGUCCCUCCGCAGCAGUGAUUCCCGUGAUUUCCCUGUUUUCCCGGUUUCUUUGACUUACUUUUUAACAUUGCAAGUCAUGAGUGAUGGUGAUAUUAUACCUCAGAGCUAUGGGCAG